ACAAAUCUCCAGAAUAUCACCUGACAUAUACUAUACGGCAUAAGAGUUUAUCCAACCCGAACGCAAUUCAUCUCUGGACCCCUCAACAACUCACGGCUGCUUUUACCAUGGCCUCGCCGACGAUGAUGCCAGAAGAUGUGGUCUUCGAGAUACUCUCACGGGUGCCGGUGAAGUCGGCCUGCCGAUUCCGGUGCGUGUCCAGCGCGUGGGACGCCCUCAUCACCGGCCCGGCGUUCGUGGCCGCGCACAGAGCCCGCACGGAGCCGCUGCUCCUCUUCCUCGCUGCCGACUCCUCCGAUGAGAACACCAGAGACCUGCGGCUGAUGGACACGGACGGCAACGUCGUAAGAGUUAUCAAGAGGCCUGGUGUCUGCACUUACGGCUACCGCCUCGACGGCACGGUCUGCAUCACCAAUGAUUAUCUUGGCGUCGAGUCGGUCAUCAACGCCAUCGAUCUUCCCACCGGGGCUGUGACGAGGAUCUCCACGCGGUGGAACAGGGAGUCGUUCUGGGAUCUCAACGUCGGCUGUGCCGCCCCGUCUCGCACGUACAAGGUCGUCUGGCUCACCAGCAAACAUUGCAAGGUUCUCACGUUACAAGAUGGCCACGCCAAGUGGAGGCACGUGCAGUCCCCUUCGGAACGAGUCACCGCCGACAGCCCUAGCAACAGCUCCGCGGUCACUGUCAACGGUGUCAUGCACUUCCUUUCCGGGUCCAUGUCAGGGCUGGUGGAAAAGGUCUCUGUACUCCGCUUUGAUCUCGAAAGUGAGGAGUGGAGGGUGUCGAUCAAGGGCCCAACGAAAUCAUGUGGAAAACCACAAAGGAAGACAAAGACAAGCUGUAUGGUCAAGCUCAAUAACACCCUAUGCAUGGUUCAACGAAGCUCGACUAACAUGUGUCUCAUAUGGCUUCUCAAUGAUCCCACCAAAGGCGUCUGGGAAAAG